UGCGCAUUCCCGACACAGGGGGGCAGAAUUUGUCAGGAGACCGGAAACAGACUCGAGCUUCCUGCGCUAGCUCUCUGACCAGCAGCGCGUGGUGCGGAUCUGCCGAGGAAAACCUUUCAGCACCAAGCAGUGACUGCUACCCAGCCGCAUCGAGGACCAAUCAACCGAACCGAACGGAACCAGCAACUGAACAAAGAGCUCCUUUGUUCGGCUGACCAUUGAGAGUUUUGCGCGCAGCAAUUUGCAGUUUGGAUCCAAGAUGGAAGAUCUGGUGGAACCGACUCUGCUGCAGAUAAAGGAGGAAGAGGAAGAAAUGGUGCAGAUAAAGGUGGAAGAGGAAGAAAUGGUGCAAAUAAAGGAGGAAGAGGAAGAAAUGGUGCAGAUAAAGGAGGAAGAGGAAGAAAUGGUGCAAAUAAAGGAGGAAGAGGAAUCUUGGGAGGAAGAGGAGGCUCGGGAGAUAAUGGAGGAAGAGGUGGAACUCUGCAUUGAGCAGGAAGGAAGUGACGAUGAAGGCUCAGGAUCCAGCAGAGAUUUAAUCCGUAAUGAGAACGCUGAGGCGGCUGGAGACCCAGCAGCACUUCCAGCCAAUCAGGCGUCUGCUGGACCGGCACCAGCCAGACAGAACCGGCCAGCAGCUGCUGGUGGACUGACCAGAACCAGAACCAGAACCAGAGCUCCUCUAUGGAAUAAAUCAAAAGCUUCCAGGUCUGUGAAAAAGAGGAAGAGAGCAAGGAAACUGCACAGAAGACUGUCGUUGGUUAACGGAUUAAUCUCAGAGUCUCUGCUGCUGUUGGGGGAAACUCCAGGAAGACGUUCAGCACACAGAAGAAACGAUGUCCGCCAUCUUGAUAGUUUUGAUAAAACUAAGGCUGCUCUGCUGCUUCAUGCGACUCAGACUGUGUUACACAGCAUCUCCUGUGACCUGCAUGUCAUUUCAAGGGAUUCGUGUGAUUCUACCUGCUAACUCUGAAGUGGGAGGCCCAGAGGGUAGAGCUGAUUCAAAUGAAAUGAGAAAUGUUGUAGAAGAAUUGAGAGAAAUUCUUGAUGCUGUUCAGAUUAUUUUAGACCAACACAAUGGGCUCUUUGUGUGAAUCAACCUCCAGCUUCUCCUGAACAUCUCAGGGAUUUAUGGCCGCAGAACCAAAACACUGCAGAACCAACCAGAAAACAAAAGAAUCUGACUGAUCUGACUUCACAGCAUCGCUCGGAUGCAUCGGUGGAUUCUGACGGCGUCAGAGCUGGAGGAAGUUCCUGUUGAAAUACUUUUUGAUAAGAGAAGACUUUUUACUGAUGGAUCAACUCUACACUCUGGUUUUUAGGGUUUAAGAGAGAAACAGAGAGAAAUCUGUUUUGAUUUAGAUUGAAGAAACCUGUCUCAUGUAUGAUUGUGGGACCAAUUGGGUCUGGAAAAACUUUCAUUGUAUUUUACAGAAUUGUAACUGAAUUGUGAUGAAGGUUGUACCGGAUAGCAUUGUUUGGAUUUAUACUCUUUUUCAACAUUUUUGUCUACAAUUGUAGAGGAUGAAUAAAAAUAUUAAAUUUG